AUGAAUAUCAUGGACUCAGACAAGAGUCGCAUUAUGUUCGGACGCCUUCCUUUUGCGUGGCAAACCUUGCUGGGGGCGAGAACUGUUAGCGCCGUUGCUCUCGACACCCGAUCAUGUUCACGGUCGCAAAGAACCAAUCUUCCUGGUCGAUGUGAAAACUAUUCAAUUUCCUCAUUCCUGAGGUCCUACGCCGAGGGUUCCUCCACGAUUUAUCCGCAAUAUGAGUGGCGUAACAUUCGGGUAAUUAGAGUCCUAAAUAUCGCCUGCGGUCUAGCUAUUCUAUCGACAAACUCCAUCGAAAAGACCAGCAGCAAGUUGGAUUGGCCUUCAGAUCGUCUCUCCAGAACAUAUCAUGGCUUGAAUCUCAGGCCCAUCUUUCAAGUCACUUGUAAACCAGUAUCCAUUGUUGCACGUGUCUUUUUCGGAUGCAGUUGUCACACCACUACUGAUCCGGUGACCGCAAACCCUUGCACAAUGUCCACCAUAGCCUCAAUGCCGGCGGAGACAUCGAGCUGCUGGGAGACUGGCAGAUGUAUUGUAUGUGGGACUCCAUCUACAGGUCGUCAUCCCACUGCUGUCGAGGUCCAAAUAUACUUCAUUGUCAGAGAUCUGGGAAGACACGUCCGCUGUUACGUUUGCCUCGCCGGUGGUAGUAAAUGCCACUCCAACCCGAAACGUGAGUGCUGGGCUGAUGCUGAGCAUUCUAGCAAUCUUGAAUGCAGAUACCGAUAUGGCAUUGUUUUCGCUGUCACGGUCGCUUAUGUGCUUUCACUUUCACUACUGCAGGUGAAUCCUACCGCUUCCGUUGAGCAUUCGGCGCUUGUAUUGAAGUUGUUGUCGCCGAGGAUGACAGUAAUGGGAUACAGCGUCCGGGUUUCGGCUGUGGAAGCCAUGGUCAGGGGAAGAGUGACUGAGAUCUUAAAAUGCGAUGCCAUAUUGGCAGUGGUCCUUGACAUAUCAACACUAAGCAUGGCGCUCGGUGCUUACGCCACGGAGGGCGAAUAG